CAUCGAAUUUUCCUGGGUGAUAGGGUUUGGAUGGAAGCGCCCUAGUGGCGGGGCGAGGCGCGAGGUGAUCGCAUCGGUAUGUAGUAACAGGGUAAAGAUCUAGCCAGGAUAGCUGCGGAAAUGCCGCAUUGGAAGCUCUCGCGGCGGUUGCUAUGCGAUGCAUCAGCCGCGUGUGGGCUUCUGGCGGGGCACAGGCUCAGGGAUAAGUGAAAUGUCCGCAAUUCCUGUCUCCAAUUCGCCUGGAUUUAGGGUUCUUGGUAGAUCUCUGGUCGCUGUAAAUAGCUCGGAAUAGAGAAAACAGUGGAGGAGGAAGAUGGGACCAGUCGGGAGGACUUCCAUUACCAAGAAGGAAAAGAAGAAUGGAAGUGGAAGUGGAGGAAAGAAUAAGGUCGUUCCGGAUGACGAAGUUCCUCGGACGAAGGAGCUCAGCGAUUUGCCGGAGCAGAGUAGAAGUUCUUUGAGGAAUGAAGAAGAAAAGGAUGGUAGUGGGAUCACAGAGGAUGAUACGGUUUUUGGGAGGAUCAACAGGGAGAAAAAGGCGCAUUCGGGUGGUCUCAGUGAGUACUCAACCAAGCAAGGCUCACUUUUUUCUGACUUUGAUAAUUUGGGAGCGAGCUCCUUGGGACUAAACCGGAUCAAAACACGCUCGGGUCCUCUAAGUGAUAACCAUAACAGUGAAAGGAACUGGAAUAUGGCUGGUUUUGAUGAAAGAUUUGUACAGGAAAAGUCGUUUGCUAAGCAAGCUGCAGCCGGGAAGGGAUCGAAGAAACAGAAGAACGUCUCCAGCUCUGGGCUUUUGACAACAGUGCCUCGGGAUUCUCCCAAGCUUGGACACAAGGUGCCGAGUUCCAGCAUUCAUGAAGUUUCGACGCGGAGCUCUCGGAAGGAAUCCUCUUCAAGCGUGGUUGACGAUCUCUCUCCUCGCAGCUGGAGCAACUUUGAGUGCUCGUCUUCAGCUGGGGGACGUUCGGAAAACACUCCACCUUCGAAGCAAGGUGGCAAGUCUCCGUGGCACGUUUCUUUAGCUUCGGGCUCCAGUAGAAAUGUUCCAGAAAACGAGAAUUUAAGUCCGUCAGAAAGUGUCAAGGAAACAAACUCCCCAAGGUUUCAAGCCUUGCUGCGUGUUACAAGCACGAAGAAGGGCAAGCGCGACAUAAAGAGCUUUUCUCACGAACUCGAUCCCAAGGGUGUUCGGUCCAACGUAUUCUGGCGCCCGCACAUAUUUAGCGAUGGAGAGAAGGACAUUAUUGAAGCAUUAAGAUCAAAAUUCAACACUGUGAAAGAAGAGAUCAACACAGAGCUCGAGGGCUUCGCUGGUGACUUGAUUGAAAUUCUCGAGAAGAAGGAGGAUCUAUCACCGGACUGGAAAAGGAAGAUUGAAGACCUCCUUGUCUUCGCUCAGCAAUGCGCGAUGAUGUCUUCAGCGGACUUCAGAGAACAUUGUGAAAGUAUCGUUCAAGACUUGGAUGACAGGCGGCAAGAGCUUCCGAUGGGAUUACUGAAACAGCUACACACACGAAUGCUCUUCAUUCUCACACGUUGUACAAGACUGGUACAGCUGACAGGCUUGGACGAGGAGAUGAAUAAGCAUACUCCUCCCUCCAAGAUUCAGACACCAUGGACUACAGGGAAAAAGGAUAAAGCCGUGCUCAAGCCGAUCAAGGAGCAGAAGAUUUUCUACAGUCAAGAGCUAAAUGCGCACAGGUGGAAAGACAAAAGUGCUCUUAGUCACUUGACGCGACCAGCUUCAAACUUCAAUGGUCUGGGGAGUAUAGUCACUGAACGACUUGCAGGCUGGAAAAAGUUCGGACAAACCUCGCCUAAGUUACCUGGACAGGAAACCAAACUCAAAGCUGACGAAGGUCUGUCAACGUCAAGGUUGAAGCCCGUGGAACAUCCAAAAGUUUGCGAACAAAGGAAGAAAGCUGCGGGUGAUGAGUUGAAACUUGUUUGCCGGAUAUGCGAGGAAACAGUUCCAGCCUCGCAAGUUGGUGAUCACUCAAGGGUCUGCGCGGUUGCCGACAGAUGCUUCAAAGGUAGAAGCAUCGACGAGAAGCUUUACAAACUUGCGGAGAUGUUGGAGAAGAUCGUAGAGUCUUACACACCCAAGAGCUCUCAGACUGGCGUCGGUUUGAGCCCGGUACUGAAUCUUAGAAAGGGCGAGGGAUCGGAAGGCGCUUCUCCGAAGUUAAGUGAGCUAAAUCGUCGAGGAUCAGAGGACAUGCUAGAUGAACUUCACGAGAUGGAUGCAGCAACUUUGGAGGACCUUAGAGGAUUUGGAGUGCUAAACGGGAAGUCACGGUUUGGACCAAAGUCCGACCAGGGACUUAGUGCGUCUUCAACCGGAAGUAGGACGCCUUGCUCUCCAAUUACGACUCCAAGGGCAAGUCAGAUAGAUCUGUUGCUGGCUGAGCGGGCGAGUGUCGGCGAAUCUGAAGAUAUUGUUCAGAUUAACGAGCUUGCUGAUAUAGCUCGCUGUGCAGCAAGCACAGAUGUGUCCAAAGAAGACGCCUAUGACUUUUUGGGAACUUGCUUGCAAGACCUUCAGAAUCUUUUGCAGCUCUGCAGAGUUGAAGGUUUGACAGUACAUACAUUUGGCAAAAGGAUUGAAAAGCUCUUGAGGGAGAAGUAUCUUCUUGUGUCCGAAGGUGUAGAACAUGACAGCACCGGCACUACUGAAGAUGACGAUGAUGACGGGGUUGCGAGCCUUCAAUGCACUCCUCAUCACCCUUCUUUCAACGAUCGGACUAGUAUCGACGACUUUGAGAUAAUAAAGCCAAUCAGUAGAGGUGCUUUUGGCAGAGUGUUCCUGGCAAGGAAAAGAACGACUGGAGACCUCUUUGCAAUAAAGGUUCUUCGAAAAGCAGAUAUGAUUCGUAAGAAUGCCGUCGAAAGCGUCCAUGCAGAACGGAACAUUCUCAUUCAUGCGAAAAAUCCUUUUUUGGUGCGUUUCUUCUAUUCUUUCACUUGUAAGGAGAAUCUCUAUUUGGUCAUGGAGUACUUGAAUGGAGGUGACAUGUACUCAAUGCUAAGAAACCUUGGGUGUCUGGAUGAAGACAUGGCACGAUACUACAUCGCAGAACUGGUCCUUGCACUGGAAUAUCUCCACUCGCUAGCCGUUAUUCACCGGGAUUUGAAACCGGACAACAUACUGAUAGCCCAUGAUGGACACAUAAGACUCACAGACUUCGGGCUUUCAAAAGUUGGUCUCAUAAACAGCACGGACGAUCUCUCUGCGCCCGCUUCUAGAGGAGCUACUGUCGCGGCUGAAAAGCAUGACAGCUCGGAUUCAUCCACGAAGAAGGGCCGGCAACAAAAGACUGUUGGAACACCCGACUAUUUGGCCCCUGAAAUUCUCCUUGGGACAGCACACGGCUAUCCGGCUGAUUGGUGGUCCGUUGGUGUCAUUCUCUUCGAGUUUCUGACUGGGAUUCCCCCAUUCAAUGCGGAAGACCCUCAGAUGAUCUUUGAAAACAUAUUGAACAGAAACAUACCAUGGCCAAAUAUCCCCGGAGACAUGUCAUUUGAAGCUGCAGACUUCAUAGACAAGCUUCUCGCAGAAGAUCCCAAUCAUCGUCUUGGUGCCAAGGGUGCGGCGGAGGUGAAAGCUCACCCAUUCUUCAAGGAAGUGGAAUGGGAUAGUGUUGGCUCUCAGCAGGCUGUUUUCAUUCCCAGCCCCGAAGGAGCCCACGAUACGAGCUAUUUUACAUCUCGGCACAAGUGGUCUUCCACGGAUGGUCGGGUCUAUGCAGAGCAAGAGUUCCCGGAGUCUAGCGAUUACGAAAGUAGUUGUGAUGGUAGUAGCAGCUCAGUGAGCAGUAAACACGAGGAAGGGGUAAGCCGUGCUUCCUUCUUUCUGUUUUUGUUGUCUAAACUUUUGAUUCAGAGAGACGAGUGCAAUGAUCUUGCGGAAUUCGACUCCCCACCAUCAAACCAAUACUCCUUCAGCAAUUUUUCUUUCAAGAAUCUCUCGCAGUUAGUAUCCAUCAACUAUGAUAUGCUGUUGCAGCAGAGUGGAAAGGAUCUGCCAAAGCCUUGAAAAUUUCAUGCUGGAGUGAGAGGUGAGGGGAGUUGUUUUUCUUCUCCUUUUUUCCCAUCUUCCUUUAGAGCAGAGAUACUUAACAGCGCACAUAGAAGCGUGGUGUGAUGUAUGUACAAUAGCAUCUCUUUCACACAGUCUCAGUGUAUAUAAAUGAAUAAAAAGAGGAUGUAUCACAACA